AUGACACAAUCCUCUUCUGAUCCUCCUGAUAUAGACAGAAAACGUCCUGGUGCAUCAGCAAAAGCCUAUGGAGGGCUUGACGCUUUGUCCAAUCAACAGCAUACGGCCACCAACGCCACUUCAAUCCUCCUAACUGAGUCGUCCUCCAGCGCCAAUGUCGGUGACGCGACUUCUGCUGCUUUCGGGCACAACAAGAACAAUGGCAACUCCUCACGCAGUCUUGGUGGCUCCGUCGUCUUCCAUGAAAAGGCCCGGCCUACUGAGUCUGAUGCCAACUACCUCGGAGCUCUCCCUGAGAACACUGCGCCUGCCACAUCUACGCAAGGUGAUAGGCAAGGGUCCAUCGUAGAGAUCAAAGAAGGAGGUAUUGACAAGGACACUACACACAAAUCAGACGCCAUCAAUGAUAAUACGGGAGAUGAUGGUGCCUCACGGAAGAAGAAACGAACCUUUCUCGAAGAGCUCCGUAGAUCCUUCUGGCUCGUUGCUACGUACAGCUGGCUCAACGUCCUGUUGGUCUUUGUGCCCGUUGGAAUCGUGGUUGCCAACAUCCAUGGCGUGCACGGCGGCAUAGUCUUUGCUAUGAACUGCAUUGCCGUCAUACCUCUCGCAGGAUUGCUUAGCCAUGCAACCGAAUCUGUUGCCAGUAAAAUGGGUGACUCCCUCGGCGCCUUGCUCAAUGUGACUUUUGGCAAUGCUGUCGAGCUCAUCAUUUUCAUUAUUGCAUUGGUUAAGAACCAGAUUCGCAUUGUGCAGGCAUCGCUUCUUGGCUCCAUCUUGGCGAAUCUGCUGCUCAUCCUUGGCAUGGGGUUCUUCCUUGGCGGCCUUCGCUUUCGGGAACAGAUCUACAAUAGCACCGUCACACAGAUGAGCGCUUGUCUACUGAGUCUCAGCGUUAUUAGCCUGGUGCUCCCUACGGCGUUUCACGCAUCUUUCAGCGACGAUAAGCUUGCAGAUGCCCAAUCUCUCAAAAUAAGUCGCGGGACCAGUGUAAUCUUGCUUCUUGUUUAUAUCAUCUAUCUGUUGUUUCAGCUAAAGUCUCAUGCCUACAUGUAUGAAUCCACUCCUCAACAUAUUGUGGAUGCCGAGUCGACACCUGGUCCUGCUGCAGCCUGGUUGGAUACCUCAAGCAGCUCAGAUGACGAUAGUUCCUCCAGUUCGGACUCGGAUUCGUCCGGACAUUCCCGGGACACCAUUGGCCGGAAAAUGAAGAAGGUCUUACGGAAUGGAAUACGUCGCAAGUCGUCGCUUGCCUCGAUGGACACGGCUGAUGCCAGAGCUAUGCGAAACGGCUCCGUUGGGACGGGAAACCCAAGCUCCAACGAAGAGUCCAUUUCUGAAGCAUCGUCGUCUCGCAAGCCAUAUUUCCCCCGAAUGCUCUCGACUGAUGACGGUGAUUCUACAGAUGAUGAAAAGACUGGCCGGCAUCGAAAGCACCGAAUGCGUCGACACUCACGUCGCAAGCAUAAGAAGAGAGACCGCAAGAAGCAGGAUCAUGAUUCCAAGGAACAAGCUUCCAGUGUACAGCCUGAGAAUGGUGUGCUAGCUGGUGGUGAGUCUGAACCACGCCGGGUAGAUUUUGCCAUUCCCGCCCAACUGGAUGCUUCGUCUGGUGCGGCGGCGGAAAGUGGUAAUGAGUCCGCCAACACCAAGCGGCCGUUUCAAGGUUUCCGUUCACUCUCUGUCAAGAACCUCGCCCCAAGCGUCUUUGUACAGAACCCAAACACGCUGGUUGCCGCCCCUCCCACACCAGCUGGACCUGUCCCUCGCGUUCGAUACGGUAUUCGCCGCACCAACUCGUUGCCUGACCGCCUUGGCCAACAUCAGCAAAUUCGCGCGCCUGGUGCUAUGUGGCCGGCCCAGAUUCCCCUUAUGUCUCUAAAUACAGCCGCUGCAGCCACCAAGAAACUCAACAACGAUGAUGAUGAUGAGGAGUACUUGACUCGCUGGGCCUCUGUCAUACUUCUUCUUGUCAGCACUGGGUUGGUUGCGGUCUGUGCCGAGUUUCUCGUUGACUCUAUCAAGGAGGUCACCGAAACCUCGAGUCUUGGAGAAGUCUUUAUUGGCCUAAUUAUCCUCCCUAUAGUAGGUAACGCGGCAGAACACGUUACGGCUGUCACGGUGGCGAUGAAGAACAAAAUGGACCUCGCCAUUGGCGUUGCGGUUGGCAGUUCGAUUCAGAUUGCUCUGUUUGUAACACCCCUGGUGGUCAUUUUGGGAUGGAUCAUGGACAAGGAAAUGACGUUGUACUUCACCUUGUUUGAAACUGUGUGUCUGUUUGUUUCGGCCUUCAUCGUCAAUUUUCUGGUUCUGGACGGCCGCAGCAAUUACUUGGAAGGCGCACUUUUGUGUGCUGUCUACAUCAUCAUUGCUGUGGUUGCAUUCUUCUAUCCAGAUCCAAAGGACGCAAGUUCAUGGGGCAGCUAA